AUGACCGAGGUGCGUGAGCUGACCUAUGAUAUAGAGGACAGCAUCGACGACAUGAUGGCCCCGCCGGCACGGGCCACCAGAUCUGGCGCCAACAGGAACAGCCGCUGGCGCAGGGUUGGUAGUGUUAAGAUUGCUCGUCUGCCCAGAAUGAAGCUGAGCACGAGGAUUAACAAGGUCGCACAGCUCUGGUUGGAUCUGGUGCGGGAGGCAAUUGAUCGUCGCGAGAGGUAUCUGCUGGAGGAUGACAGCUCCAAUACCAUGUUUGUGUUCUCCGCACAAGGUGUCAGCGUUGACAACUCGGUGGCAGACAACCCCAAGAUGCAGCAUGCAUCUGGAUCCAGCCGCCGGGUUUCAAGGCAUCGGAAGCAAGCAAAGCACAGGACUCUUGUGCGGGAGCAGAGAGGCAAGAAAUGUAUCAGCAGCAUGAUGAUCACAGCGCGAGCGUCAACACUGAGCAACAUGAGCUUCCAAGUCCAACACGGAGGGAUUGGGAAGACCACUCUUGCUAAGCAAUUAUACCAAGAACUCGGAGGACAAUUCAUGUGCCGGGCUUUUGUGCGUGUUUCGCAGAAGCCUAACAUCAGGAAGGUCCUGUGGGACGUGCUUACUCAAAUUCAGAGGCAUCGACGACUGACUCGUGCAUGCAGUGUGCAAAGCCUCAUUGACGACAUCCAUGGGUAUCUAAAAGAUAAGAGGUACUUCAUUGUGAUUGAUGAUUUAUGGCAAACAACCGUAUGGGAUAUUGUUGUUAGUGCUUUCCCUCAAUCUAAUAACUGCAGUAGGAUUCUUAUAACAACGGAAAUGGAGGAUGUAGCUCUAGAGUGUAGUGGUUAUCUGUCUGAUUGUCUUUUAAAGAUGAAGCCUCUUGGUGAUGUUGACUCUACAAAGUUAUUCAUGAACAUAGUAUUUGGCUCUGAACUCCAAAAAAGUGACAAAGUCUUGGACGAAGUAUCAUUUGAAAUUACAAGGAGAAGUGGUGGUUUAGCACUUGCAACAACAUGUGUAGCUGGUGUGGCAAGAGCUUCGUCAAUCCAACAGACCCAACUGGGGACUUGGUCGAACAACAACAACAACAAAGCCUUUAAGUCCGAUAUAAAGAAUUUCUUAUCCACCACGUUGACAAGUUCUGGAACUAAAGAGAUGAUGAAUGAAAUCCUACACUUUUGCUACGAUAGUCUUCCUCAACAUUUGAGGACAUGCCUGUUAUAUCUUAGUAUGUAUCCAGAGGGUUACAUAAUCUCAAAGGCUGCUUUGAUUAGGCGAUGGAUAGCUGAAGGUUUUAUCUGCGCAGCUUCAGAAGAAGACACAGAAGAAAUUGCAGACAGCUAUUUCAAUGAUCUGAUCAGCCACAGACUGAUACUUCCUAAUCGUGUCAAGCAUAUUGAUGGGGUCAUAUCCUGUACAGUGCACCACAUGGUACUUGAUAUGAUUAAGUGCAAGUCCAAAGAAACGAACUUUACCACAGUGACAGAUUAUCCUCAUAUCACAGCAGGGCUUUCUAUCAAGCUUAUCCGGGUUCUAGUCCUUGAAAUUUGGGGUGAACACAAUGGAUGCACUAGUCUAGACUUCACAAGACUAUGUACAUUGCUUCACCUGAGAUAUGUGAACAUCACCAGUGAUAUAAUGGUACAACUUCCUGAUAAGAUGGUAGGGCUACAGAACUUGGAAACGUUCCAAGUAGAUGCAAGAGUAUCUUCAGUUCCGCUGGACAUUAUUGAUCUCCCGAGGUUGUCCCAUCUCCGAAUCAAAGAUGAGAUCGAACUCCCCGAUGGGGUUGGCAGCAUCAGGUCUCUCCACACGCUGCAGUAUUUUGACCUUGCACAUAACUCUGAAGAUAACGUGCAGAGCCUUGGUGGGCUGUCUAACCUGCAGAAUCUUCACCUCACCUGUUCGAAAGCUGGAUCUGAGGAGCAUCUGAAGAGGAACCUGGACGCUCUGUCCACUUCUGUUGGGAAACUGGAUGAUCUCUGUUCACUCACCCUGGCUCCUGGAGCUUUGGGUGCUGCAAGAAUACCCUUGGAAGGAUCCAUCAUCGUCUCCUGUGUCCCUGAAUGCAUCAAGAGGCUCGAGAUGCCGCCACAGAUCUGCAUCUUCUCCAGACUCCCUGAGUGUAUGGGAAGGCUCCGCAAGCUCCGUGUUCUUAAAAUUUCUGUCAGGGAGUUGCUAAGAAAUGACAUCGAUCGUCUCAGUGAAUUACCUGCUCUGGUUGUUCUCACCCUUCACGUUCGAGUAGCCCGUGUGGGAGUGGUCGUCAUCCAGAGCGCAUCGUUCCCAGCUCUCAGGUACUUCAAAUACAGGUCCAGUGUGCUUAGCAUGGUGUUCCGGGCAGGAGCAAUGCCCAAUCUUGAUUGUCUCAAGCUAGGUUUCCAUGCCCAGAGAGAGAAGCAAUAUGGCCGGAUGCUUGGUGGAGUCGAGCAUCUUCGACAUCUCAAGGAGAUCACUGGAGAAAUCACCAUAGCCAACGGCGCUAGUGAAUCUGACAGGAGGGCUGCGGAGUCCGACUUCCACAACACCAUUGAAUUAUCUAGCCAGAAAUGGUAUGCCGUCAGUGGACAUCCAAGGUUUCCAAGCGUCCGUGUAAAAUUGGCAGACAGCUGGGUGGUGCCUGAGGAGGAAGGCUAUGAAGGUGGAGUCACCGGAAUGGCCACCACAGACAGGGACCUAGUUUGUGAAAAUUUGCCUUUUCCGCUUGAUGUGCUGCCUUUUGUGAUCUCCUUCACUAGCCCAGUGGACGCCUGCCGCUCCUCUGCUGUGUGCACGGCCUUCCAUGCAGUGGCGUCAAGUGAUCAAGUGUGGGACCGCUUCAUUCCAGCAGACUACAGAUCUAUGCUCUCUCGUGCAGUCGAUCCUGUCGACCUUGGGUUCGCAUCUACCAAGAAGGAGCUUUUCACGACCCUCGCCGAACAACACAUCUUCAUCGACGACGGAAACAAGAGUUUUUGGUUGGAUAGAACAACCGGCGCCAAGUCCUACAUGCUGGCAUCAAAAUUAUUGGCCAUUACAUGGGGAGGUACGCCCCAGUACUGGAGGAGGACUGCCUCUCGUGAUUCCAGGUUUGAAGAAGUAGCUGAGCUCAUAGAUGUCUGUUGGUUAGACAUAAUUGCUACCAUUGACUGCAGAGAGCUGUCACUCAACACAACAUACACAGCGUAUCUGGUCUUCGGCCUAAACGACAGAUCCUUCGGCUUGGACUCCGAGACACAGGAGGCAUGUAUUACUAUUGCUGGUGAAGUAUCCACGAGGCACACCAUCUCUUUGCAUGCUCGUGCAAGGUCGCAGAGAAGAUUGGGAUCAAGCUCCCGCUACUGGCUGCAGCAUCAUCAAUGGGAAAAUGAAGAGGACAGCAAGAAUGAGGACAAUGAGGAAUUGGAGGAGGAAGAAGACGACCAUUUAUGGGUGGAGGACAAAGAGGAUGACAAGAAUGAGGACAGUGAGGAAGAGGACGACAGCGAUACAGAUGUGGAGGAGGAUGAGAAUGAGGACGAUGGUGAGAAAGACGAGGAGGAGGAAGAAGACGACGAUGAUGAUAUGGAGGUGGAGGAGGUCAAGGACAUUGACAAUGAGGAGAAUGAGACUGAAGAGGAAGAAAAAUACAAUAUAGAGUUAGAGGAGACGGGUGAUGCGGAGGAGGAGGAGAGCGACGAUGAGUUGGAAGAACAGGAAAAUGACUUCCAGCAUUUUGACCUUCCAAUCAAUACUGCUCAUCGCAUGCAAAGAACGCCACCUGACAUUGGUGGCAGCAGUGAUCUAUCGGAUUCACUUGAAGAUGAGCAAGAGGAGGAUGCUGUGCGGUACCCAAGAGCAAGGGGAGAUGGCUGGAUGGAGGUGACACUGGGCGAUUUCUACAAUGGAAAUUUAGAUGAUGGAACCAUCGAAAUCCGUUUGAUGGAGCACAGAAGCCUGAAUUGGAAGUCAGGGCUCAUCGUAGAGGGUGUUGAAAUUAGACCAAAACUUGAAUGUGACAAACAGGCAGCAACCUCUUAG